AAAUAAUGAGGCUCAAUAAUAUUAUGAAACUUGCAUUGACUGUUUCUCUGCUAAUCAUUUUUAUGCUAACAGCUUAUUAUUACUGGAAUAAUUCUGAAGAUUGUAAUUUAUACACUAAAUUAGAUGUCUCUAAUAUUUUUCCACCCUAGGUUGAUAAUGAUUUAUCAUUUUUUUCAUAAAGUGUCUGCCAACGUGUCAAAAACACAGAGUUAUUUUAGGGUUGGAAGAAAAUAAAUGAAUAGGCUCUUUAAUUGAACGAGAGAUAUUCUACAGAAUUAUUGAAAAAAGCCGCCUUUGUUAUUGAAUAACUAAAAAAGAACCAAUAAAUAUAUACUUAAUCUUAAGGUUGAUAUAUAAGUAAUUAAAUAUAGGUGAGGGUUAAUAAUUUUAGUAUUACUAAAAAAAUCUAAAAGAGUGUGUAAAUCGAACUAAAAUUUCUAAAUUGGAGUUGGAAGAGAUAAAAAAUAAAACCAAUCAAAUUUUGGAAUAGGAAAACUCUGAAAUUAAAAAAAUAAAUGAAAACAUAUCUGUACACUAAAAUGGAGUAAUAAAAAUAUUUAUCAUUAGUUAAAAGAUUUGAAUAAUUUACAUAGUGAGAAGAGAAUUCAAUUGAAUAUUGUAAUAGAAACCUUGAAAGGCUUGAUAGAUUAAAAAGAAAGGCUUCGUAGAAGUUAUAAGAAUGAAAAAGAAUUAAAGGAUUAUUAAAAAGAAUUAGAACAUGAUAUUAAUAAAAUCAGUGAUAUAAUGUCAUAAUAAGAACUUAAUAUCACAAUUUUCAAAUCAAGGAUUGAAGAGUAGGAAAGCAAAGUUUAAAAAAUUACUAAACGAUUUGAGGUUGUGAAUAAUCAACUUCAAGAUCUUAAAUCUGUAAAAAUUGUUACUAAUUUUUCAGUUAGAAUAAUAUUUUCGUUAAGAUGAUCUCUACAUAAAAGAAGAUGUACCUAUUGUCUAAGUCUUUUCUGAAUACUCUAAUACAUUAAAGGACAGAGCAGAAAACUUGAAAAUCUUAGCUUAAAAAGAAAAAGAUCCAAUUUAAAGACAAAAAAAUCUUGAAGCUUUAACUGAGAUAUAGAAGGCAUUAUAGAUUUCAUCCUAAAUGUAUAAUAGUUUGCUUGAGAUUAAACUUGAAUGUAAUUAAGAUGAUUGCACCAUUGGAACAACAUUAGAAAAUCUAAAAUUAUCUGAUUUAAAAGAAGAAAUCUAAAAAAAAUAAAGUAAUUCUAUAUCUAAUUAUAGCCUAUUAUAAUCAAAUCUACACAGAAAAAUAAUCUAUGGAAUUUAGUUUGUAGCAAUUAAUGUAACAAUUAGAUAAUGAAAAUUCAGCUUACAUGAUCAAUAAAUAAAAAUUAAAUAAACUUAUUGAAAACUAAAAUUUACUUAAUAAAACUAAAAAUCAAUCAGAAGAACUAUCAAAAUUAACUAUAAAAAUAAAUUAAUUGGAAUAAGAAAAAAAUUAACUUUAAGAAGAAGUUGAAAAAUUACUCAAUUAAGCAAAUGAUUAAUAACAUUAGAUAGAUGCAGAAUUUGAAAAAGUCAAUGAUAAAAAGAAAAGAGUAGAAACUUUAUAAGUUGAUAGAAAUUUAUCAAUUAAUGAAAAACAUUAGGAACUUUAUAAAUAAGUUAAAGAAUGUAUUAAGUAAAAAAAAAUAUAUGAUAAUUUUGUUCAAAAAUAAUCCAAUUUGAUAGAGAAAGCUAAUGAAAUCAAAGCAGUUGUUCAAACUGAAGUUAGAUAAAUAGAAUCGAUGCUGAAUGAAUACAAAAUUACUUAUUAAGAUUUGAACCUUCAAUCAAAUAAUGAUUAUGAAAAGAAACAAGAUUUAUGA